AAGGCGGGUUGACACACUACUAGUGAAUAACGAACGUGGCUCACGCUUAUUUUAUUAUGUAUUUUAAAACUCGAGCAGUACGUUUGUAUUUAUGCAAUGCAUAGAUACAAAUGUAAUUUACUGCUCGAGUUUGAAAAUAGAUAAUAAAAUAUGUAACAAUGGCAGGGGCAAAAUACGUAAGCGUGAGCCACGUUCGUUAUUCACUAGUACUAGUAAUGUCAAUGUCAACCCGCCUUAAAGUAAACUGACUUGAUGAUAUGAGGAUUUGACAGUUAAAAAAAUAAAUAUUUUUCUUGGAAAGGAAUGCUGAUUAUUUCCUAUUGAAGUUGGAUUAAUUAUAUUAUAUUAUAUAUUACAGAAGUUAUGUGAAGGAAUAAUUACCUGAAAAUGGCUAAAAUCCUAUCCCAAAUGAGAUAUUUGACUCCUUAUGAUGUCCAUAAGAUGUUAAUAAAUGACUACAUACUAAAGAGACCUGGAGAUACAUCACUUUUAAAAAGGGAUAGCUCAAAAGACAAAAACGAUUACCAUGUUAUAGCUGAAAAUCACAAAUUUUUAUGGGAAGAAGACGACCCCGCAGACACUUGGGAACAGCAGUUUGCCAAACGAUAUUACAACAAACUAUUUAAGGAGUACUGUAUUGGGGACCUCAGCAGAUACAAAGAAAAUAAGAUUGCCUUGAGAUGGAGGAUAGAAAAAGAAGUCAUUUCAGGCAAAGGCCAGUUCAUAUGUGGAAACAAGAAAUGUAAUGAGGAAGCAGAUUUGAGAACAUGGGAAGUAAAUUUUGGAUAUAUGGAGCAUGGGGAAAAGAAGAAUGCUUUAGUAAAAAUAAGACUGUGUGUUGAUUGUUCUAAAAAAUUAAACUAUCAUAGCAAAAAGAAGGAAGUAAAAAGGUUAAAUAAAAAAAAGUAUUUGCCAAAAAUAAACAAAUUGAAAGAUGCAAGUACUUCAAGUGCUGCUGUAGAAACUAUGGAGCCAACAGAAAGUACUGCUAUUGAAGAAGUAGUAGAUUCUACACCUGCUGAUGAGUCUCCUUGGGAAAAUCACAAGCCUGUAGAGCAAAAAUCAAGAGAAGAAGAAAUGGAAGAAUAUUUGCAAGAUUUACUUUUAUAAUAUAUAUUUUAGAUAAGAAUAAAAUAUUAAUAAAAUA